GAUCUAAAAGUAAAAUUUGAAUUUGCUCUUUUGUGAGGUUCAUCUCCCAAAAGACAGUAUUCACACAUGUGCGAAGUCUUUAGUACUGUUACAACUUCUUGAGUGUCUGGGCAGUUUUGACAUUAGUGUAAGAUUGAUUUGGCCAAAGCUUAGGGUUUCAGGCAUGUAACUUUUGGCGAAGCAAGACUUACUACUUUUAUUUUGUAGCUUCGCUGUUCAUUAGGCUUCUAGAGUUGGGUCUUUGUGGCUUUGAUAACAUCAAUGAUACAGCCAACUGUCCCCCAGUCUGGAGAUUAUACAUCCUUGCUACAAAAAUUUAAAGUAUGUAAGAUUCUUUAUAGUACCCUGGUUUAAAUUUCUAAAUUUUCUCCAGGGUAGGAUAACUCUGCUGUUUUUCUCCAAAAACGAUGACCACUUCAUUCAUCUUCAGUGCCUUUCUAAGAUAUCUUGAUAGAUUAGUGGUAGCAGACCUACAUAGUAGAGUGGAAGAACAGAGGCUUUUGUGUCACAUAGACCAGUGGUGGAAUCCCAGCUCUGUGACCUGGAAUUUACCUGUUUGCCCAUGUUUGCAAUGUGGGUGAUAGCAUAAUAUCUAUUUAAUAGAAUAGUCAUGAGCACGAAAAAGGACACAAUAUUCAAAGCACCUAUAUUGGUCUGUAUAGAGUUGUUAUUACUAUUCUUAUAGCUUCCUUUUGGAGAUUUUAAAUAAUUGUGUUUGUUAAGAUGUUAAUUAAAUUAGGUGAUUUUGCUAAAUAAACUUAAAAAUAUGGAUGACUUCCUCAUAUAAAAUUAUAUAAUAUCCUUUAUAAUUGUCAUUGAGAAGGGAUCUAUAUGCUGUCUGGUGUACCCUCCUUUAUAUUUUAAGGUAGAAGAUUUCUUAUACUUCUUUCUCUCCCUGGAAAGCCACUUCUAAUGAGUGCCUGCUCACUGCCUGUAGCCAAAGGUGCCGUGACUAGAAAUUAUCCUGAGUAACUGAAGGAAAUGAUAUGUUUUUGAAGCUGACCUACAGAACAUUAUAAGAACUUGUUUAACUCACAUUAGAAUUAAAUUCAAAAGAGGAGAUUCAUGAUUUUCUGAUUUUGUAGUUUGCAGAAUUGCUUGUAGGUUACUCCUGCAAUUUUGUCUGAUUAAAAUGCUUCCGAUGAAUAUUUAAGGUAUUUCUCACUGAAGUAACAUAUAUUUAUAAGUCAGUACUGAAGUCAUGGUGUCUGUGUACCUGUCACUGCAAUACUACAUUCUUUGAUCCUCACUUUUAUCCUCUGCUACAUUGUCUGUGUAAGUAUAUUGUGCUAUCCGAAGAGAAGUAACUUGACUAGGAUCCCAGGGAAUUUUAACUAAGAUUACCAUUCCUUUUUUUCUCUCCCUCCCUACCUUCCUUCCCGUUAUUAAGCCAGAGGAUUCAGCCUCCCCUUUCUUGAAUUUCUCUGGUGGAUACCCAGGUGGUAUUUUCAAAUGACCACUUUUGAUUUGUAUUGUAAGAAUGUGUUUUUUUUCUUCUUAUUAAAGGAUAAAAGUAGAUUAGAACAUCAGAAAAUAAAAGAAUAUUUGCACAUUGUUUCUCACUGUUAAAAUAUUAGGUAGCUAAUAAGCACUAAAUGAUAUAGUAGUUAAAUAUGUAUUUAUUCACUUAUUAAAUGUUGUUGAGUGCUUUACAGUUUGGGAAUACAGUACUAAACAAGACAGACAUAAUCUGUGUCCUUGGAGAGAAACCUACAGUUUUAUGGGAUAUAGAUGAACAAAAAAGGCAGCUGCAAGGUAGGGAGAUGAGUGUUACGAUGUGAGAGAACAAGAUGCUUCUGUUGGCACAUAGGAGAGACAUCUAACACACACUUCUAGCUAUUAGAGAAUAUUUUCUGGAGAAACUGAUGUUUAAGGCAAGACCUGACAUAUGAGCAGGAGUUAGCUAGCUGAAGAAUACAGGGAAAGUGUCGUAGGCGCAAGAAAUAGACGUGCAGAGUUUCAGAGGUAAGCGAAAUCAUGGUAUCAAUAGACUAUUGAAAGUAGUUCAGUUUGGUGAACUGUUGAAGAUGACAGGGUGAGGCAUGAAGGAGAAGCAGAAAAAGGAAAGCAGAUAGGGCCGUGUUAAGGGUUUACCUUACCUCCUCAGAGCUGUUGAGUGUUUUAAACACAAGGGUGACAUGAAUUACAUUAAAAAUAAUAAUAAUAACUUGGGCUGUAGAGCAGAAGAUGGAUGGUAGGAGGCAAGGAUCACAGUAGGAAGACCUGUUAGGAGGUUGUGCCAGUAAUUCAAGUGAGAGAUGGUGGUGACCUUGCUUGGUUGGUUGUAUUGAGGAUGGAGAGAAGUGGAUAGAUUCAAAAUACAUUUAACAGAGCAGUAGAAUUUGAUGUGAUGAUGAGAGCCAUGCGUGAAAGAUCAUUCCUGUGUUGUUGGCAUGAGCAGCAGGGAUGAAAAACAUUGAAGAGGAGCAGCAAGAUUUGGAGAUAAGGAGUCAUGCAGUUGACUUUAGAUAUGUUAAAGGAAGGCAGCCUGUGAGAUCGCAAAGUGGAGGUGGCCAGUGGGCACUGAGAUUUACAGCCUGUAACUCAGUUGACAGUGUGAAUUAAAGAAUUGGGAGUUAGAGAUAAAGAAUUGGGGCUUAGAAUCUUGAGGAACUCGUAGUAUUUAAUGUUUGCAUAGAGGAGGGGACACCAGAGGAGUUGCCAUAGGCAUAGAAGGAAAUUAGGAGGUGUGGUUUGCAGAAGGCGAAGUGAAGAAGAUGCUUUAAGUAGGAGGACGUUAUCAACUGUUUUAAAUUCUGCUGAGAGUUUGAGAAACUGAGGACUUACAAUUAAUCAUUGGAUUUGACAGUGAGGCAAUCAUCUAUAACUCUCCACUACAGCAAAAGUGUACUGGGUGACAAAAGGGUGUUUCGAGGAGAGAGUGGUCAUUUGGAGUGUGUGCUAUAAAACAGAAAAGGGUCCAUUGGCUUCAGUAACAUGAAGGUGCUAUAACCAUAGCAAGAGUGGAGUAGUGGAAUGAUGUGGGUGGAAAUCAUAUUAACAUGAAUAGAGGACUAAGUUAGAGCUAAGGAAUGUGAGAAAGCAUGUGUAAACAACUUUUUUUAGAAGCUUGGUUUGGAAAGGGAAUAUUCAUUUAUUCAUACAACAUAUUUGUUGAGUGUUUGUUAUGAUCAGGCAGUGUUCCAGUUGCUGGGGAAAAUGCACUAAACAAAACAGACCAAGCCUCUUCAGUUGACUGAAGUGAGGGAAUGAGCCCUGCGGACAUCCGAGGGGAGAACCCAGCCGGCACAGGGGAAGGAAAGAGCAGAGCCUCUGAGGGUGGCUGCCUGCCUUGUCUGAGGGACACGAGUAGAACUGAAGUGAAAUGAAGGAGGAACUUCUUUUUGGUGACGUGAGGAAACAGUUGACUUCAGUCUCCGAGGAGAUGAUGGAUCUGGCUAAGCGUCUUCCUGACACUUUCAGAAAGUUGGAAAAUCCACAGAGGGUUUCUGUACUGUUGAAGGAUAUUUCAGAAAAUCUCGAUUCAUUGAGGAAGAUGAUAUUUGGUUCUACCGAGACCGAAUUGAAGCCUAGCGGCAAUUCUAACUUACUACCAUUGGGAGACCCGACUGCUGGUGGAGUACUACAGAAACAAAUUAGAGAACAUAAAAUUUUUACUGAAGUUAAAGAUGAGACAUGGGACACAACACUGGAUAAUUUCAUUAAACAUGAUGGAGAAAAUGUACUUGGAAAUGAAGUGAAAAGAAAAGACGAUGAAUUUGAAGAUGAACUAGAAGCCAAUAAGUUGAAAGAGGAAACAGAAAGAAUUAUGUCAUUAGAUAUCACAGAAUAUGAACUCCAAAUUUUGGAACAGCAGGCUCAGGAAAAAAAUCUUAGUGAUGUUACUUACAAAUCUCCUGAGCAUGUAUCCUCCAAGGAUAAUGAAGAGGAUGUAUCUUAUAUAAUUGAAAGUGAUGAAGAUUUAGAAAUGGAGAUGCUUAAGACUUUAGAAAACCUAAAUACUGUCACGGUAGAUCCAAUUCAUUCAAAAGGCACAGAAAUGGAAGGAAAUCUGGAUGUUCCUUUUGAAGAUGAGGAAGAUGAGAGUGAAGCUGUUGAAGAGGAAGAAGAAGAUGAUGAAGACCGUUUGUUACCAGGACCUAAUGCAGAGCAAGUGAUUUGCCUCAAGACCUACUUUGGCCAUUCCAGUUUUAAGCCGGUUCAGUGGAAAGUGAUUCAUUCUGUAUUGGAAGAAAGAAGAGAUAACGUUGUUGUCAUGGCAACUGGAUAUGGAAAGAGUUUAUGCUUCCAGUAUCCACCAGUUUAUGUAGGUGGGAUUGCCAUUGUCAUCUCUCCUCUUAUUUCUUUGAUGGAAGACCAAGUGCUCCAGCUUGAAAUGUCCAACAUUCCAGCUUGUUUUCUGGGAUCAGCACAGUCAAAAAAUGUUCUAGAGGAUGUUAAAUUAGGCAAAUAUCGGAUUGUAUACAUAACUCCAGAAUUCUGUUCGAGGAACUUGUACCUACUCCACCAACUUCAGGCUAAUAUUGGUAUCACACUUAUUGCUGUGGAUGAGGCUCACUGUAUUUCUGAGUGGGGACAUGAUUUUAGAAAUUCAUUCAGGAAUUUGGGCUCCCUAAAAACAGCAUUCCCGUUGGUUCCAGUGGUCGCCCUCACUGCUACGGCCAGUUCUUCAAUCCGGGACGACAUUGUGCGUUGCUUAGAACUGAAGAACCCUCGGAUCACCUGUACUGGUUUUGAUCGACCGAACUUGUAUUUAGAAGUUGGACAAAAAACAGGAAACAUCCUUCAGGAUCUGAAGCAAUUUCUUGUCCAAAAGACAUGUUCUGCCUGGGAAUUUGAAGGUCCAACUAUCAUCUAUUGUCUUUCCAGAAAAAUGACAGAACAAGUUACAGCUGAACUCAGGAAACUGCAGUUAGCCUGUGGAACAUACCAUGCAGGCAUGGGUAGUAACUCAAGGAAAGAGGUUCAUCAUCGGUUCAUGAGAGAUGAAAUUCAGUGUGUCGUAGCUACCAUAGCUUUUGGAAUGGGCAUUAAUAAAGCUGAUAUUCGCAAAGUCAUUCAUUACGGUGCUCCUAAGGAAAUGGAAUCAUAUUACCAGGAGAUUGGUAGAGCUGGCCGGGAUGGACUUCAAAGUUCUUGUCACCUACUCUGGACUCCAACAGACAUCAACUUAAAUAGGAACCGCCUUAGUGACAUACCUGAUGAAAAGUUUCGAUUAUACAAAUUAAAGAUGAUGGAAAAGAUGGAAAAAUAUCUUCGUUCCAGCAAGUGUAGGCGACAAAUCAUCUUGUCUCAUUUUGAAGAUAAACAACUACGAAAGGCCUCCGUGGGCAUUAUGGGAACUGAAAAUUGCUGUGAUAAUUGCAGGUUCAGAUUGGAUCAUUGCUUUUUCAUUGAUGACUCAGAUGAUGCAGCCCAGGACUUCGGUCCGCAAGCACUCCAGCUAUUAUCUGCUGUGAACAUCUUAGGAGAAAAGUUUGGAAUUGGGGUUCCAAUUUUAUUUCUCCAAGGAUCCAAUUCCAAGCGUCUCGCAGAUAAAUAUCGCAGUCACAGUUUCUUUGGCACUGGCAAGGACCAAACAAGGGCGUGGUGGAGGGCUCUUUCCCGUCAGCUCAUAACUGAGGGAUUCUUGGUCGAAGUGCCUGGGAAAGAAAAGUUUAUAAAGAUUUGCACCCUUACAAAAAAGGGUAGAAAUUGGCUUGAUAAAGCCAAAAGAGGAUCCCCUCAGAGGCUAAUCCUUGAAGCUAAUGAAGAGCUGCGUCCAAGGAGGUUUCUUCUACCGAGUUCUAAAACUGUAUCUUCAGACACUGGACAGCAUUCCUCUAGUCAAGUACCAACUGAAUUAACUGCAGAGAAUAAGCAGGCUAACUUGGAGAAGAUGUAUUCUUAUAAAGCAUUUGAUAAAAUUUCUUCUGGGAGUAACAUUCCUAAAAAAAGCGUCAUGUUGGAAUCACCAAGAAAAUCUUACAAGUCCUCAGAACCUGUUAUUUCAGCUCAAGAGCAAGAGUCUCAGACUCUGUUAUACGGUGAAUUGGUAGAAGCUAGGCAGAAACGUGCCCAUAACAUGGACGUUCCUCCAGCUAUCCUGGCAACAAAUAAGAUACUGUUGGAUAUGGCCAAAAUGAGACCUACUACGGUUGAAAAUGUGAAAAGGAUCGACGGUGUUUCUGAAGGCAAAGCUACUAUGUUGGCCCCUCUGUUGGAAGUCAUCAAACAUUUCAGUCAAACAAAUAGUAUUCAGACAGACCUCUUUCCAAGUACAAAGCCUCAAGAACAGCAGAAAAGUCCGGUGGUGAAAGAUGAAGCACGCUCACUUUCACACUCUGUGGCCGUCACAUAUUCUUUAUUCCAAGAAAAGAACAUGUCUUUGAAAAGCAUAUCUGAGAACAGGACUCUGCCUCUCACAGCAGUUGGCGCACACUUACUCCAAGCGCUGAAAGCCGGCUACCCACUCGACAUGGAGCGAGCAGGCCUGACUCCAGAGACUCACAAGAUUAUUGCUGAUGUCAUCCGAAACCCUCCCGUCAACUCAGAUAUCAAUAAAACUAAACUAAUUAGAAUGUUUGUUCCUGAAAACAUUGACACAUACCUUAUCUACAUGGCAAUUGAGAUCCUGAGAAAAGAUUGUGACAACAGACCGUUAUGCCAACCUUCAUGUGAUUCCAGUAAAAAGAGAUGUUUCCCCAACUCUGAGGACAGCUGUUCACGUUCGAAGAGAAGCAAGGACGAAGUAGGCACUAAUACCAAGGUUGAUGGAAAACAUCCUUGUGAUCUUUCACCAAAAGAUAAGAGUCACAGAAAUUCACUGAGACUGACAUCUUGGAAUCAGCCAUCCAGCGAUCCAGAAAUAGAAGAUUUAUUUACAGACUCUCAUCCACAGACUUCAUCUGGAGCCUUAAAGAGAAUGUAUGCGGGGUUUGGCAAGAGAGAUAAGAUCUUAGUUGAUACCAGCAAAAAAUCAAUGGCCAGAACGAAAAAGAAGGGUCUUUUUAGUUAAAUUGGCAAUUGCUAGAGGAAUUAUGUGUGUCUUGCUGUAUUGUAAGAGGGGUGCUGUAUUUCAUUUAUGAAAAGACUGGGGAGUGAUGUUUCAGUUUAAAAAUCAUUUUACUCUCAAAGUAAAACUCACUUUAUUGAACAGCUGGCAUCUUAAAACAGCCCUGUGCAAUUCACAUAAAGUUGAGUCUUCUGAGAGCCUGGGUGAUUACAUCAUAGAAUAGAAUAUUAAAUUAGUUUCCUUUAAGAUUGCACUGUUACUGCCCUGUUUUCUAAUCUCUUUAUUUAUUUCAGCAGUAUAUUUGGAAAAUGUGAUUUGAUAUAGAUAACAGUAGGUAUACAGUGAUUGUGUGCAUGAUUUAAAUAUUCUGAUAUUCCCGCAAUUCUGUCUUGGAAAUAAAGAAAGCAUAGUUGUUUUACAAAUUGUUUUUACUAUCUUUAGAAGAAACUUUUAUACACAUUGUUAACUGGUAUCAGUGGACCAGAUAAGUGAAAAUGAAACAUUUUGGAUUCCAUGUAAGGAGGAAAAAAAGACUAUAACAAAGGAGACCAAUUGCACUAGGCAAAUAUGCACUUUGUAUUUUAUAUAUUAUUUCUAUUAUUUUUCAAAUAAUAAAAAAAAGUCCUUCAUACUGAAUAUUAUAAAGAUAGAUAUUUUUGUAAGCUUUCAUUUACUGAAUUACUUUGAGUAUUUUAUUUUUUAAGGAUGUCAGAGUUUGGUUCUAAAUUCUCUUUGUGUAGCACAUAUAACUUAAAUAUGUAAAAGCCAUACUCUGACACUGAGCUGGGUAAACCAUAGUUAAUAAAACUGUAAGCAGUUUACCAAAUGGCCUUUAAUUGACUUUUUUGUAAAUAGAAAUAACUUGUUAAUGAAGAAGAAAUACAUCUUUGUUGUAGAAGAACUAGAAAAUCCAGAGAAGUGAAAAAAAAGAAAAGAAAAAUCACUAGUAGUCCCUCCAGUAGAUAAUCAGUUAACCCUUUUCAUGUAUCCUCCCAAACCUUUUUAUAUUCAUUUCCUUUCUUCGUUUGUUACAUGAAUGAUAUAUGAAUGAAUUUUCUUUGUAAAACAUUCACGCUAUACUUAAAACGCAAAAAUCCCGCAUAUUCCCAUUUCCCCACAUCCCAUUCCCAGCCCCUUUCCAGAGGGUGCCUCCUACUAAAUAUGUGACAGAAGUUCUCUAGUCAUUUCUUCUGCACUUACGUGCCUUUGCAUAUGUAUCUACACAUAUUCUUAACUUUUUUUUAACACAAAUCAGAUCAUAUAAUAUGCAAUUUUCUGCAACAAAAAUUUUUUUACUUAAUAUGUCAUGAAGACCUUUCCAUUUCAGUAUAUAUUGGUCUAUCUCAUUGUUUUUUACAGCUACGUACUUAUCUCACUGUUUUUUACAGCUACGUACUGUUCUAUUUGGUGAAUAUACUAUAAUUUACAUAAUCAUUUUUCUAUUGGCGAUUUUGUCAUUUUUUUCUGUUUCAGAUUGUUUCUAGAAGUAGAAUUAAAGAGUCAAAAACAUACUUUUUGUUACUUAUAUUUCACUUGAAUUUAUUUUGAACAUAUUUUUCCCCAUGUCAUUAAAUAGUCUUCCGCAGAAUCUUUUUUUGUGGUUUUAUGUAGUACAGUGAUUCUCAAAGUGUGGUCUGCAGGCAGUUAGGAGUCCAUGAGACCCUUUCAGGGGAUCUGCAAAAGCAAAACUAUUUUCAUAAAACCAAGGUGUUAUUUGCCUUUUGUACUAUGUUGGUAUUUGCACUGAGGUGCAAAGCAAUAAUGAGUAUAACCACUGGUACUUUAGUGCAAAUCAAGGCAAUAGCACCAAAUUGUUGGUUUUAUUAAUUCUCAAUCUUAACACA